AUGUCACUUUUUUCGCCACCCUCUCACUUUCACCUCCCAAACGCCGUCGUUUCGCACCACGGCUCCGACCUCAUUAACCUCCCUCUCCAUUCUCCCCAAAACCCUAAACCCUCCUUCGACCCCUUACGCCCAUUAAAGCUCGUCGCCUCACACCACUCCCCCAUCCACAACCGCCGCGGCUUCCGCCUCACUUCUUGCCUGGGAUCAGAUUCCGCGUUCCCCAUUUCGCCGCAGAAUGUCGAUCUCACCGAGCCGAAACUCGACGGCGGCGCCGGCGGAGGCCGUGACGGCGGAGAUGGAGAUUCGUCCUCCGGCGGCGGUGGCAACGAGGAGGAUGCGGAGGGGGAGGAGUUCGGGCCUUUGUUGAGGUUUGAUGAGGUGAUGAAGGAGACUGAAGCUUGCGGAGUGGAGCUUCCUUUGGAUAUGCUCGAGGCUGCCAAGACUACUGGCCUUCGUAAAGAGUUUCUUCUUCGCUAUUUGGCUUUACAGGGCGCAGCUUGGCCGUUGGGGUUUUUGAUCAAGUACUGCUCUAUGCUACGAAAUCGAAUGCUGGCUGAUCCUUCGUUUUUGUUUAAAGUUGGGACAGAGAUAGUCAUAGAUUCUUGUUGUGCCACCUUUGCGGAAGUUCAGAAGCGGGGAAAGGACUUCUGGAAUGAGUUUGAGUUGUAUGCUGCGGAUCUUUUGGUGGGAAUAGUUGUUGACAUUGCUUUGGUUGGUAUGUUGGCACCCUAUGCUCGUAUUGGAAAACCAUCAAUAUCACAUGGUUUAUUUGGACAGAUGCAACAGGCUUGCGCGUCUCUCCCUAGCAGCGUCUUUGAAGCUGAAAGGCCAGGAUGCAGAUUCUCCUUGAAGCAGAGGGUAGCCACGUUCUUCUAUAAGGGUGUGUUGUAUGGAUCUGUCGGCUUUGUAUGUGGUAUUAUUGGACAAGGGAUUGCUAAUACGAUCAUGAAUGCCAAACGGAGCAUAAAGAAGUCAGAAGAGGACGUAGCUGUGCCUCCUCUUGUGAAAAGUGCUGCUCUUUGGGGUGUUUUUCUUGCUAUCUCGUCCAACACUCGUUAUCAGAUCGUAAAUGGACUGGAAGGACUGGUUGAAGCAUCACCUUUGACAAAGCGUGUUCCACCUAUUGCAAUGGCGUUCACUAUAGGUGUUCGAUUUGCCAACAAUAUCUACGGUGGUAUGCAAUUUGUAGAUUGGGCCAAAUUGAGUGGAGUGCAAUAGGAUAGUCUUGCUUUACCAACUAUAGAUGUUUUCAGUUACCAUAUAUAAAAUGAACGAUAGAGAUUAUUAUUUUUUAAUAGGACGAUAGAGAUUCAAAGUAUUAAGACACGCAGAGGCAGAAUUUUCCCCCUGCGUUUUUGGUUAUUAAUUUUCUUUUCCUGCAAUUGUUCACUUCGGCCAAG